AUUCGACCAUAUGGCAACCUGAAAUGUCGAGACAAGAGUAAAGCCAGAUUACCCAUCCCACCCCUCUAUUCCCAUCCUUUUGUCCCUGCGAAUACGCAGAAAUGAUUCGUCAGCGUCGCCCAGCCGGGGAAGAACCAGACCCCUGUUCUGGCACCGGCAGCCCAAGUCAUGCGGCCACAUCCGGACCUGGCGUCAUUGAACCGUCGCGAGAGCCGGGACAUCGACCGGGCCGACAGCGUCCUUUGCUCAAGACGAAGACGGCACAUGUCGCAGAAGUCGCAGAAGUCGACGCGAUGACCUGGGCCCAAAGAAACCACUGGAUCGUGCUGGCGGUUGCCAGCGGCGCCUGCGCCGCGUUCAACGGCGUCUUCGCGAAGCUUACAACGGGAGACGCGACCGUAAGCUUGACGCAGCGCGUUUCUGUAUUCUUCCACCUCGAUUCUAUGGAGGGCUUUGUUGAGUACAUUGUCCGCGCCGUCUUCUUCGGCCUGAAUUUAGUCUUCAACGGAGUAAUGUGGGCACUCUUCACACAGGCGCUGUCCCGUGGCAACUCGACGACGCAGGUGUCCAUCAUGAACACCUCGUCCAACUUCUUUAUCACGGCCCUCCUCGGCCUUGUGAUCUUCUCAGAAUCCUUGCCCCCUCUUUGGUGGAUCGGAGCAGCCUUCCUGGUUGCGGGCAACGUCAUCAUUGGGAGCAAGGACGAGGGCGGGAAGGCGGCAGGAGCGGGAGGGGGCGAGGACAUGGCCUCCUCUGUUCAGGAUAGCUCUCUCGGGUACGAAGUGGUGCCAGACGCAGAUGGGGGCGUGGGCCAUUGCUUCAAAGACGAGGACGUCAUUCAGCUAGGGGACCUGGAUGACUGAAUAUGACUUUCCCCAAGUUGUAGGCUCGGGGGAUGUGGAUGAGAUGCCCCGCCACUCUGUGACCCUGGCUGUACCUACCUCCCUCCUCAAUAGGGCACAAUUCAAACCGCUGCGUAGGGUUCGGCCAGUUCUACUUAAUUAUCCAGCAAAGUUUGAAUAAGCCGCAGUAUCCGAC